AUGACCAGUGAGCCUGUCCAGGAGAAAGGUUCUAAGAAGAAAAAGACUUCAAAAGCUCCAAUUGUGCUUAUGGAAAGGGCCAUUCAUGAACCAAGAAAUUUGAGAGUUGAUGAUGCUGAAAGUGAUGAAUCUUUUAAGGAUAAAAUGAAAGAAAAAGUUUAUGAGGUGAUAGUAGAAAGAGACUUUGGGAUAUCCCUGGAAAAUGAGAAACUUAGAACAAAUAUGAUCCCAAUUACAAGUCUGCAGAAAGAUGAUGAUGGCAGAAAACUAAGGUUUGAACAAGGUGUUCGUUCUAAGAGUAGUGCAAGAGGUGCUUUUAAUGUUGAAGGAAUUCUAAAAGAAGUGAAUAAUUUAAGAUCUUUUCAAGAUGUUCUUAUGAAUGCACUUGAUUCCAAGAUUGAUGGAACUUUGAUGAUGAUGUAUAAAAUUGUGGAUGAGUUAACCAAAAUCAAAGUUCAUUUGAGUCUUUCAAGCACUGUAGCUGGAGAAACCAGUAAGGUUGCUGCUACUGAUUCUGUUCCACAAACAGAAAAAGAAAAGGAAACAGAAGAGGAAGAAGAGGAAGACGAAGAAACUGAAAAAGAGGAAGAAGAAUCAGAUAAUGAAGAUUCUAGCAAUGAUAGUGAUGGAAAAGGAGGAAGCAAAGAAGGAAAUGGAGAUAACAUGAGUGACUCUGCUUCUGAGCAGGAAUCACAGACUCCUACUCCUGUUGCACCUGCUAAAGGAAAAGCAAAAUCAACUAAAGAGGAAAAAAAAUUAAGUAGAAAGAAGAAACUAGUAAACCAUCUAGCAAAAAGGCUAAAACUAGCAAAAAGCCUACUGCAGAAGGCGGUACUGCUGCUGCAUUUGAGUUAG